CCAGAAUUAUCCUGUGAGUCAGUCGUGACAGGACACAGAAUAAUCUGUCGCAAACUAAACAAGCAGAGGAACACGGUCUGUUACAUCGUAGGAGACCAACUAAAUAACUUUUUGUUCCUGUUCCUGUUCCUCGACCUGUAUUUGGACCAGAGGUGACAAACAUGGCACUUAUGAGGUCAGGCUGGCUUUGGAGACAGACGUCUGUGUUGAAGCGCUGGAAGUUGAACUGGUGUGACCUCUGGGUGGACGGCAGUCUUUGCUUCUACAAAAGCGACAGCCGGCGAGAGCUGGAGCACCGCGUCAACCUCAAACUCACGUGCAUAGACGUUCGCUGCGGCCUGGAAUGCCGAGGGGUGACGCCUCCCGAGACGAACCCCCAGGAGAACGUCAUUGUCCUGCAAUUCAAGAACAGCUCGGCGUUGAACCUGUGCGCCAACAGCGAGGACGAGUCCAUUGCAUGGAAACUGACCAUGCUGGAGACCAGGAGGAACCCGGCGUUUAUUUACGAUCCCAACGACGAUUCCUAUCAGGCCAUACCACUCAACCACUAUCACACAAUCUAUGUGACGUCUGGAGCAGGAUCAGGCACCCACCAGGUGAUUGUUCAGAGGGAUCCUUUCGACGGGGUGUUUGAUCACCUGGCCAUGGGACUACUGGCAGGCAUGGCGGCGGGAGCGGCCAUGCGAUCUUUCCUUUGGGCACCCGUGUUUUUCUGCUGAGAUUUAAUGCUGCACCAUCACCUGCUCUUUUGGUUGUUGUGCACUUAGGCUUCAUCACAUGUAGUCGCUGCCGCUGUGUGAGGUUGUUUUUCUGGCUUGCGUUUAAAGUACAAAACAUGAACCGCAUGGAUUAAA